AUGGAAAACAAGAAGCGCCGGCUGACGAGAGGCGAUGAAGAGCAACGCCCUUACAAAAGGGUAGCUAGGCCAAGCGCCUUGAGUCAACUCAGUGAGCAAGCAGUUUCAAGAUUGAGUAGGAGUGUCGUGUCGCUUGCUUCAUUUGAUGGUGAUACCAAGUUACGCGAAUGCACAGGCAUAUGCAUUGAAACCUCAGCUCCUGAUUCUGAAGCUACAAUCCUAACAUCCAGACAGUUGAUUCCACCAACUUGGCCUGCAAGUUUGACGAUUAAAGUACGCCUUUCGAAUAAUCGGAUUGUCACUGGGCGGAUAGAGGAUCCCGGGAUAUAUGUUGAUUUUUUCAUUGUCAACAUCAGGAAUGUGUCUGGAGUUGAUGUCGCAAGUCUUGAUGGUGACAUGCAGUUUGAGCCUCAUACGAAGGUAGUAGCUGUAUGGCGCUGUUUCAAUUCAGGACUUCUAAAGUCCACAAGGGGACUAAAUCUUGCCUCUCCAAGCCUUCUAACCGGUGAGACAAUCGUAAGCACGUGCCGGAUCCGCAAGGCAGGGAUUGGAGGCCCCCUUGUUGAUUUUGAUGGCAACUUUGUUGGGAUGAACUCCUCUCGUACCAAAAUGGAAAAGACUGCCUACGUGCGAAGGGAGCGAAUUCUUCGAUUCUUGUUGCAUAAGGGGAUGGUCAGUGUUAAGGAAGGGGUUGAUGAUGCUACAAGGGCAAAAAUGAACAGUGAGAUGAAAGCAAUUUGGCCAAGUUUGAGCGCUAAGUCCGCAGCGAGAUUGAGUGAAUCCAGAAAAGGCGCCUUGAGUAAGCAAGUACUUUCGAGAUUAAGCAUGAGUGUUGUGGCGCUGGCCUCAUUCGACGGUGAUACCAUGUUACGCGAAUGCACAGGUAUAUGUGUUGAAAGCGCAUGUCCUGAUGCUACGUGUUUCCUGACAUCGAUAAAUUUGAUUCCUUAUACUUGGCCUAGAGAUAAGAUCGCUGAAAGUUUGACGAUAAAAGUACGCCUCCCCGAUCAUCAGGCUGUCACGGGGUGGAUAGAGAAUCCUCGGUUAUAUGUUGAUUAUUUCAUCGUCAAAAUCAAGAACGUUGAUGUUACUGGUGCCGCCCAUCUAAGUCAUCUAAGUCUUGAUCGCGCCAUGCCGUUUGAGCCUUAUAGGAAGGUAGCAGCUGUAUGGCGCUAUUUUGAUUCGGGGGAAUUAAAGACCACAGGCGGAGUAGAUCUUGCCUCUUUAAGCGUUCAUAUCGACGAGAAAAUGUUAAGCACAUGGCGAAUCCACGAGGUCGGGAUUGGAGGUCCCCUUGUUGACUUUGAUGGCAACUUUGUUGGGAUGAACUGCUCUGGCACCAAACAAAGAAAGACCCCCUACGUACAAAGGCCUUCAAUUCGUGAAUUCAUGUUCUUUCGCGGGAUGGUCAGGUAUGCGCACUUUUCAGUAUCGAUGAACCACACACUCUGUUUGGCUUAUCCAUGCUUCUCUCUCACUUCGUCCUAUACUACAUCUCCCUGA